UAAUAGAAAUUAGAAACAGGGGAAACAAACUUGUAGUAAAUUAGCGAAAACAGAAAUAAUAUGGCAUCGACCUUAUGCAUCCACCAGGUCUCGGUGCCUCUCUACUCCUCUGCUAUUUAUCGGAAACCAAACACAAGCAAUUGUUUCUUGCACAGGCGUUCUCAAUUCGUUUCUCCCCAAGCCCUCAAGAGUCUCAAAGGGGAACUCCAGCUUUCGUACAAAUUCUCCAUCAGUAAGAAUACGAUCUAUAAGCAGCAGCUCCCAACAAGAAGACCCAAUUCAGUAGCCCUCGUUGUUGCCCUGCAAUCCAACUUCCUAAGAGUUGUUCAAACAGUGUGGCGGGUAGCAAAGGAUGGAAUUGAGGCUGGGACCAAUCUUGUGCCUGAUUCUAUUCCAAAACCAAUAGCAAGGGUCAGUGUGGCUGGGGUUGCUUUGACCAUUUCUCUCUUUGUGCUCAAGUCAUUCCUAUCUACAGCAUUUUUCGUACUGGGCACAAUGGGAUUUGUAUACUUUGCAUUCAUAGCCAUGAACAAGGACGAAGGCCCAAAAGGUGGUGGAGGGCCUGGUGGCGGCACCACUGGUGUGGACGAUUCUUUAGAAGAAGCAAGAAGGAUAAUGGAAAAGUACAAGUAACAGAGUAUGUAAGAGUCGGGAGAUUACUGAAUCUUUUUCUCCCGCAUUGUGCUGUCCCGAGGAGAGUUAUGGAUAUGUCAUAGCACAGAGUACUUCCCUUCUUGGAAAUGUAUAGAUCUAUUUAAGUAUGCAUUUUGCUCUUACUUUCCUUCUUUCGCUAUAGAUGUACUCGGCAUGUGGGUUUUUGUAGUUUAUUUCUUCGAAAAAUAUACUAUUGUUGAAUGCUGGUCAAGCCUUAAAUCUAUAACCAUUCAUAUCA